AUUAUCAGAUUAUGUAUAUCGCGUUUGUUUUCAGAAUUUUUGAGCAGUGAGUUGUCAAAUCGUGUUAUCAGAAAUUUUAAGGAGCGUUUUUAUUGUAUUUCACAUUUAAACAGAAACCUUCAAAUUUGAUAUACUGGAGUAUUGUCGGUAGCUAGAGGUGUACAAUCAUAAGAGAAUAUCUCCGCUCUUCUGGUUACGCCAUGUUGAUUUGAUUGUCACAUAGUAAAUAUCCAUUAAUGUUCUAACAUCAUGAAAAAAGGACAACAAAACAUGCCUACUCAUAAACCAGUGAAAUACAGUCAUUUGAUAACUGUUCUUCAUCGUUGCGGCCGUAGGAUAACAAAGGAAUUGUUUCUGAAAAGAGUACAGGACUUAACACCAGAAGGCCAUGAACCAUUUCCAUGGACUGUCGAUCAAUUUCUGGAAGCAAACAGAGAAACUAUUCUAAAAUGUAGACAAGGAAAAGAUCUGAAACGUAAGUUGUUUCCUGGAUAUGCAAGACAAACAAAUGUAGAUUAUUGGGAUCUGACCACGUUUUGUUUCCUUCUGUUCAACGUCUGUGAUCUACGGCCAGCGGUCCGACAAGACAUAAAUUGUUUACGACAGUUAAGAAACAAGCUGGUUCAUUUAGGAGGAGGCGACGUCACCGAUCAAAAGUAUCAAACAUACCUUGACACAAUGAAAGGUGUAUUGAAUCGAUGUACGAACGAGUUAGAUAAACCGGAGCUUAUGGCAGAACUAGAAAAUGUUAUAGCAGAAAGUAUGCAAACUGUACAAGUGGCGGAUGUUGAAGAAGACGAAGAAGAAUUGAAACAGUGGUACAUGGAAGAGCAAAAGUUCCACGUCGGGAUAGAAAUAGCACAAGAUGGGCAAGAUAUAGACGAAGUGAAAGCAACAUUGCUGAAUUUUCAAAUGAAGUUUGAGGAAAAUGAGAUGUCGACGAAAAUGGAUUUAUCAUUUACAAUUGGAAUACGCGUCAUAGGAAUGAACAGGCAAGCAGAAGAAGUUCUUUCGGCGGCACAACAAUGCAGUGCAUCCGGGAAAGUCCCAUUUGAAAGAUCUUCUGCCAGAACGAUUAGCAUAGGUAUCGAGAGAAUCAAGGAAGAUGUUCGUCAAAUGGGACCAGAUGUCGAAAGUGACAGUAAAGGCUCAGUUAUGUUCAAAUUUACAUGCUUCUCCGUAACGUCUUUGAUAUACUUAGUCGACUAUUUCACUGGUGCGACCAUGCAAAGACGUGUACAAGAUAUCACAAAGGCAAUAGAAGAUAUGGUAGAUGACAUGGUAGCAUUGCAGAUUUAUAUACCUCCGACCAUCUACCAGGAAGUCAUCAAGAAAUUAGAAAAGAUAUACACUUCAGAUGAAGCUUGUCGGCUGCAAUUCAAACAACAAAUACGAAACAGAAAGGUGUUCAAUGAUCCAAUAUAUGGUCAGAUAGAGUUACAUCCCUUGUGCGUAAAAAUUAUUGACACGCCGCAGUUCCAGAGACUACGAUAUAUCAAGCAGCUUGAAACCGUUUAUUUAGUCUACCCUGGUGCCAGUCAUAACAGGUUCGAACAUUCCAUUGGCGUUUGUCAUUUGGCCGGGAAACUUUUGAGAGUAUUGAAAGAACGCCAGCCAGAGUUAGAUAUCACAACGAAAGAUAUUCUAUGUGUGGAAAUAGCCGCGCUCUGUCAUGAUCUUGGCCAGGGACCAUUUUCCCAUGUAUUUGAACAUAAAUUCAUACCAGCUGUUAUUCCAGACACGGAAUGGAAGCAUGAAAAGGCUUCUGUGAAAAUGUUUGAUUACAUGUUGCGAGACAAUGAUGGUAAACUUCACGAAUAUGUCCGACAGAUGAUACCAGGCUUCGAAGAAAGAGAUAUAGAAUUUAUUAGGGAGCUGAUAUAUGUUCCUUUUGAUUUGAACGCUGAGGUUUGGCCGUGUCGGGGAAGAAACAAGAACAAGAGCUUCUUGUAUGAGGUUGUAGCUAAUCGUGUGAACGGAAUCGACGUUGACCGGUGGGACUACAUUGCUCGCGACAGUUUGAUGCUGGGCAUGAAAACUACCUUUGAACACAACAGAUUAAUACAGCACGCUAGAGUUCUCAUGGCAGAAGGGAGGAGACAAAUCUGUUACAGAGACAAGGCAGCUCAAGAUUUGUAUGACAUGUUUUACGCCAGGAUGACUUUAUACAGGAGAGCGUAUCAACACAAAACGCACAACAUCAUUGGCAUGAUGAUACGCGACGCUUUGAUUGCUGCUAAUGAUGAUAUUUCAUUUCAUGGAGAAAACGGAAAUCGACUUCGGAUGUCUGACACUAUUCACGACAUGAAGGCGUAUACACAUCUGACCGAUGAUAUUCUGCAAAAAAUACAGCGGUCCUCCAAACGUGGUUUGGAGAAAUCUAGAGCUAUAAUAAACAGGAUACUUUACAGAGAGUUCUAUAAAUGCAUCACUCAAACUCAAGUAGAUGUUAAACAGAAAGGCUGGAUAAAGAGGACGGCCGUUCAAGAAAAUUUGUUCAACAAGAUUAAACAAAAACGGACUGAUUUGACAGAUUUAUCAGAAAUUGUAGAAAUCGACGUAGUGAACCUGGACUACGGAAGUAAGGACAAAGACCCAGUAACCAAGGUCUGGUUUUUCAAGAAAGGACAAGAAGACACAGCCAUUAGAAUAAACAAAGAACAGGUUUCGUUUGUACUUCCGGAUACGUUUGCUGAACAGUAUGUUCGGGUGUACAGUAGUGUGACAGAUUCCAGACUGUUCGAUAUCAUUGAACAGUCAUUCUCAGAAUGGUGCAAGGAGAAUGAUAUUCCGCAACCAAAGUCUCGAGGAUGCAACUUGGCGAUGAAACUUACUGGAAUGUUUUGAGAAAAAGUAAGCCGGUCAUCGCAUCAUCAUAAUUUCCUCCAAUUCUGUUUAAAAUGCCCCAAACAUUAUUGAAGGUGAAAAAACUGUUGAUCAAGCAAGAAAAUGUUUACUCGCUUAAGAGAUCAACUGAAAUUUGAAAAAUGUGAAAAAUGCGUUUCCUAGCAAUGAGGACUCAAACCGGGUUCCCACACUGAUUGAGAGUUUGAAUAUCAGAAAAGAUUGGAAAACCUGAGCCGGAAACAACUAAAAAACGCAAAGAUGGGACAGAUUUAUCUUAGAAGCAGCUGAAGAAGUGGAACGAGAAACACUUGUUAUAGAGACAUUCGCUUUGGUAAUAAGUGUACAAGCAGGGUUACACCAUGAUGCAAAGACGACAUAAAACAGUGAUAUAAACCGAUAUGCAUAUGUUACAUAGGCCAAGAAAUAACAUUUAUACCAAGGAUGACUUGAAAAAGAGAAAACUGAUUUCUUCUUAUUUCAUUGUGGUCCUUGAUAUUGCUGGCAUGCCAUAGGAAGUCAUGUUAUGUACAUUCACAAUAUAUAUCACACUAAUAAUUUAAACAGUAUAUUACAACUUCUUUUUUAAAUGACUUUUUAAAUUUAAAACACAUAUUUGUAAAUAUCACGGACAGUUUCAUUAUUAGCUCAGCAGGGCACACCUCGUCCAGUCCGAGCUCUUGUGAAGACUUAUUGUCUGUUGUCCGUUCAACAUCCGUUAAAUUGAAGUAAGGAUGUUACUUGGAUAGUUCCAUUUGGAACGGUUCAGCUCCACUGCACAUAGGGCCCACAAGAGCUAAAAAAAUCUUCCACCGACUUCGCAUAACCGCUUGUCCGAUUUAAAUAUGACUCUCUCCAAAUACGGUUCAAAUCAUCACGACCUGUCAAAAAUGAAAACAUGGCCGCCAGACGGCAUGGGCACUUUUCCUAUAUGUAUAUAAAAGAAAGUUUAAAAAUCUUCUUGUAAGGAACGACUGGCCAAGUUUUAGAAUAAUUUCACAUAAAUGAUCCUUCGGUGACCCUCUACCAAAAACAUGUUCAAAUUAUCGCGAUUCGUCGAAAUAGGGCAUGUCCUUUUUCCCAGUAUAUGUUCAAUGGAAAUUCUUUUAAUUGUUAACUUUUCAAUUUCCAGAAUUCUCACACUGUUACUGAAAAAUACUGAAAAAUUUGCAUGUUCCCAAUUACUUUAUCUCUAUUUUUGUUCGUAAACAGCUAAUUAAAACUUGGACAAAAAGUUUUUCAUUUUCCAGUUUGAAUUACGUCGCAUUCUUCAUAUUUCUGAUGAAUUCAUGUUUUAGAAAAGAGUCAGGAUAGUACACUUAUUAAACGGGAUAGGUUUAUUGACAUGUCAUAAAAUUUAAAUUAAUUUCUUAAUAUAAGAUUAAAUGUGUUUUUGACACACUCGGGAUUGCAGUAACUGGACUAUUUGCUGUAAAGGAAGACACUUCACUAACUGGACGAAUAUUUGUAAAACAUAUUGAAUUUAUUAUUUGCCUAUUUAUCAAAAUAAGAUUUGUUGGAUAAAAAAAUAAAUAUAUACAUUUAUUUUCACUUUGCCUAUGUAAAAAAUACUUUGUUCAUAAUUAUAUAUAUGAAUAAUAAAUCUUGAUUACUUUUAUAACAGAACAGAACAACAGGACCUAAGCUGUUCGAAAUUUUAGCAGGUGGUUAAGCUUACGGUUGAUUAACGAUUGGCGGUAUAUUUUGACAUUUUACAAGUCUUAGUAUAGCAAAGGUAUACGUUGAGGAUUAUGAACACUAAAAGGUCUUUACAGUAAAAUCAAAACAUCAAAACCCACCAAGUCAAAAGUUCACCGGCGGUUAGUUUAACAGUCGGUUAAAGCUCCGAAUAACUGGGUCCAGAACAGAACAAAUCAUUUAUAUUUUAGACCGGAACUUAAGUUUGUUAUCCUAUAAUAUAUUUGUUUCGCUGAGGGAUUGUUGAUAUAUACACAGAAUGAAAGGCGGCUAUAGAGCAUGCAUCUGUAUAGACGAUAGGAUUAAUUAGUAUAGUUGUAGUAUUGCUGUGUUUAUAAUCAAGCUAAUUGCAAGUAAUUUUAUGAGCAUAUUAAGAACAUAAUUAACACCCUAGUGUGAGAAGGAUGGAAAUUUUAUAGUAUUUUUGCUUUCCACGCAUUGUCUCUGAACUGUAUAGAACUAAGAUAAUUCUGUAGUAUUUUGUACGAAAGAAGUAGAACAUUGUAUUGUAUUUUGUACGAUAAAACUAAGAGUAUGAAUUUUAGCUCAUAACCUUGUCACGAAGUGCUAAUGUUCAGAUUUUUGGAUCGUUGUACGUGGGUCUGCCCAUUGUCGUCCACAUUGGUUUGUGUCCACUUUUGCAUCCACAUUUCAAUGAGCAGUAAUAACCAAACCAAAAAGUGUCUUUCGUCAUAAAAUCUCGGACAAAUUUUAUUAUGAGCCAAUAUUUUUUUUAUGCCCCCAAAGGGAGGCAUAUUAGUUUUCGACUGUCCUUCCGUUCGUUAGUUCGUUCGUUCGUCACAACGUUAACUUUUUGCAUGAAGGCACUUUACUCGCGAACCACUGCACCCAGGACCUUCAAACUUCACAUGCUGAUAGUACUUAUUGAGUACACCACCCCUACUGACAUUGGGGUCAUCAGGUCAAAGGUCAAGGUCACAGGGGCCAACGUUAACUUUUUGCAUGAAGGCACUUUACUCGUGAACCACUGCACCCAGGACCUUCACACUUCACUUGCUGAUAGUACUUAUUAAGUAUACCACCCCUACUGACUUUGGGGUCAUCAGGCCAAAGGUCAAGGUCACAGGGGCCAACGUUAACUUUUCGCAUGAAGGCACUUUACUCGCGAACCACUGCACCCAGGACCUUCAAACUUCACUUGCUGAUAGUACUUAUUAAGUACACCACCUUUACUGACUUUGGGGUCACCAGAUCAAAGAUCAAGGUAACAGGGCCCAAUUGUUAACUUUUCGCGUGAAGUCACUUUACUCGCGAACCCCUGCACUCAAGACCUUCAAACUUCACAUGCUGAUAGUACUUUAUGAGUACACCACCCCUACUGACGUUGGGGUCACCAGAUCAAAGGUUAAGGUCACAGGGGCCAACGUUAACUUUUCGCAUGAAGGCACUUUACACGCGAACCACUGACCCAGGACCUUCAAACGUAACAUGCUGAUAGUACUUUAUGAGUACACCACCCCUACUGACGUUGGGGUCACCAGGUCAAAGAUCAAGGUCACAGGGCCCAAUUGUUAACUUUUCGCGUGAAGGCACUUUACUCGCGAACCACUGCAACCAGGACCUUCAAACUUCACUUGCUGAUAGUACUUACUGAGUACACCACCCCUACUGACUUGGGUCACCAGGUCAAAGGUCACGGUCACAGGGGCCAACGUUAACUUUUUGCAUGAAGGCACUUUACUCGCGAACCACUUCACCCAGGACCUUCAAACUUCACAUGCUGAUAGUACAUAUUGAGUACACCACACCUUCUGACUUUGGGGUCACCAGGUCAAAGGUCAAGGUCACCAGGUCAAAGAUCAAGGUGCUGCGGGGGCAUUUGUCACCAUUAGUGACAGCUCUUGUUGUCAUUAUGUUACUGUUGUGGUAUUUGUAUUUGUUGUAUUGCAUUUUUUUUUCAUU